AUGCGAGCUCGUUAUAAAGGUCCAGCCGGUACCGGUAUCCUUGAGAUACCCGAUGAUGCCACUGUUAAAGUGCUAUUUGAUGAACUUCGAGUCAAGACAGGAAUUACCACUUUUGGCAUAAAAUAUGGCCCUCCUAUGGCUAUGAAGACUCUUGAAGCUAGCAAAAGUGAUCAAUUUGCUCGAUCUCUUGGUCUUCAUGGUGAGACACUCACUAUCGUACCCGAGGACGUACCACCUCCCGCACCUCCUGCGCCGCUUCAAACUGGCACUGCCCAACAUCAAGCAAUGACAUUUCGGGCAGCAAAGCUGAAUGAGAGCCCAGAGGAUGUCAACGUUCCGUGGCCAGAACAGGGUGGGACUCUACUUCUAAGGGUGAUGCCCAGCGAUAACAGCUGUUUAUUCACAGCUUUCGGUGGUGCUCUGCAAGAUCAGAUCCCCGCUCAACGGCUGAGAAGGAUGAUGGCUGAUUACAUUGUUGAACAUCCCGAGGAUUACUCAGAAGCUGUCCUCGGUAGUCCUCCCAGCCAAUAUUGCCGCAAUAUUCAAGACCCUGAUCGGUGGGGAGGAGGUAUUGAACUGAGCAUCUUAUCUUCCAUCUUCAAUAUCCAGAUCUGCACGUUUGAUGUCCAGGCCCAAAACCUAAUCAACUUCGGAGAGGAUAAGAGAGAUCGCUGUAUUCUUGUCUAUUCAGGAAUUCACUAUGACCGAGUUGCCUUUAGCCUGUCUGACUACCCACAUGACUCGCCUACCUACCCCCCUGAGAUGGAUCGAACUGUUUGGCCGACUGAUGACGACGAGAUACUCGAAAAGACCAGAGAGCUCGUCGAGAAGCUCAAUAAGGCGCACUACUACACUGAUACGGAAGGACUGCUUCUACGAUGUGAUGUGCCGGGAUGUGACUGGAUAGGUAGCGGCCAGCGUGAGGGGCAGAAGCAUGCAGAACUCACAGGACACGUGGCUCUGAGUGAAAUCCAAGACGAAGGCGACAACGUGCUCCGGAAGUGCGACACACCUGGAUGUGACUUCAUCGGCCAAGGUGACAAGGUUAUGAGGCAGCAUAGUGCAGAUACUGCUCAUGAGAGGUUCUCCAUCAUUCCGGACUGGUGA